AUGGCACAGGAACAGGAACGUCUGCGCGUCCUCAUCGUUGGUAAUGGUGGACGUGAGCAUGCUUUAGCCUGGAAACUGAGCCAGUCUCCGCGAGUCGACAUUGUCUUUGUCGCUCCAGGAAAUGGAGGUACUGCUGCAGGUGCCCACAGCAAGAUCGAGAAUGCCAAUGUCAAGGGGAAUGACUACCCGGGACUUGUGGCUUUCGCUCAAAAGAACCAAGUCAAUCUCGUGGUCCCAGGUCCUGAGGCACCCCUCGUAGAUGGGAUUCAGGGAUAUUUCCAGGCCGUCGGCAUUAGGUGCUUCGGUCCGUCAAAGGCGGCAGCGCGCAUGGAGGGCUCCAAAGCCUUCUCGAAGGAUUUCAUGAAACGCCAGAACAUCCCCACCGCUGCCUACGGGAACUUCACAGAUUAUGAAAAGGCUCGCCAAUAUCUCGAUAGUGUGUCGCACACCGUUGUCAUCAAGGCCGAUGGAUUGGCUGGGGGAAAAGGUGUGAUCAUUCCGACAACAAAGGAGGAGGCCCACCAAGCGCUGCGCGAAAUGAUGGUCGACCACCAGUUUGGCGAUGCGGGAAAUGAGGUUGUUAUUGAAGAAUACCUUGAGGGUGACGAACUCAGUGUUUUGACCUUCAGUGAUGGCUACAGCAUCAAGUCCCUCCCCGCAGCUCAGGACCACAAGCGUAUCUACGACGGAGAUCAGGGCCCCAACACGGGAGGCAUGGGCUGUUACGCUCCCACACCAAUCUCUUCGAAGCAGGUUCUUGAAGAGAUUGACCGCACGAUUGUACAACCAUCUAUUGAUGGAAUGCGGAGAGAAGGGUUCCCAUUUGUUGGCAUCCUAUUUACCGGCCUCAUGAUGACCAACAACGGCCCCAAGGUUCUCGAAUACAACGUUCGUGGUGGAGACCCGGAGACCCAGACUCUUCUCCCCCUCUUGAGUGAUGACACGGAUCUGGCAGAAAUCAUGGUGGCCUGCACGGAGCAUUGGCUUGAUGGCGUCUCCAUCAAGGUCAAGCCCGACUUCUCCACCACUGUCAUCGCUGUUGCGGGCGGGUACCCCGGUGCAUAUGCUAAGGGUAAAAAGAUCACUUUAGAUCCAACUCCGGAGGGUACCCUAAUCUUCCACGCCGGAACCAACCUUGCUGGAGAUGAACUGCAGACUGCAGGUGGACGAGUUAUCGCAUCCACCGCUACAGGAGCUAGCCUUGAAGAGGCUCUGAAGAACAGCUAUGCGGGUAUCGAGACGAUUCACUUUGAAGAUGUUUUCUACCGCAAGGAUAUUGCUCACCGUGCUUUCCGGCAACGUGAGGUACAACAGUCGCUCACCUAUGCCUCGGCCGGGGUCUCCAUUGAUGCUGGAAAUGACCUUGUCAACAAGAUCAAGAGCAACGUCGCAAAGACCAAGCGUCCUGGAACCGACGCUGUCAUUGGAGGCUUUGGUGGCCUCUUCUCCCUCGCUGCAGCCAACUCCGCCUACCACCCCGAGUCUCCAACUCUCAUUGGGGCUAUCGACGGUGUCGGAACGAAGCUCAAGAUUGCUCACGCAGCAGGUGUACACGACACCGUCGGUGUUGACCUAGUCGCUAUGAACGUCAACGACCUUGUCGUCCAGGGAGCAGAGCCACUCUUUUUCCUCGACUGUUACUCCUGCGGCAAGCUAGACGUGAACACGGCCGCCGCCUUCGUCACUGGUGUUGCAGAGGGUUGUACGCAAGCCGGUUGUGCCUUGAUUGGCGGCGAAACCGCCGAAAUGCCCGGCCUUUUCAUUGACGACAGCUACGACGCCGUCGGUGCUGCCGUCGGUGCCAUCAAUACUUCUGGCCCUAACGCCCGCACUAUCCUCCCAGAUACGUCAGCCAUGAAAGAUGGCGACGUCCUCCUCGCCUUAGCAUCCUCUGGCCCCCACUCUAACGGAUACUCUCUCGUCCGCAAGAUCGUCGAGCGCUCUGGCCUCAACUACAACGACGCGGCCCCCUUCACCAUGCCUUCCUCCAAUGAACCCCUCACCCUCGGCCGUGCCCUCCUAACCCCAACCCGAAUCUACGUCAAGCCCCUUCUUAAAGCCCUCGCUACCUCAUCUCCAACCGCCAUCAAGGGUCUCGCCCAUAUCACCGGCGGUGGUCUCGUCGACAACGUACCCCGCAUGCUACCCAAGACCCUCACCGCACACAUUGACGCCAAGACAUGGCAGCUUCCCCCUGUCUUCUCAUGGCUCAAGAAGAAUGGUAAUGUCUCAGCGCACGAGAUGACACGCGCCUUCAACUGUGGUGUUGGCAUGGUUAUUGUCGUCGAGAAGGGUUCUGAGGCUGCUGUGAAGGACCUCCUCGAGAAGGAAGGCGAAACCGUCUACCAGGUCGGUGUACUCAAGGCCAAGGCUGAAGGCGAAGAGGAUUGUAUCGUUUCGGGACUUGAGACGUGGGACGCAUAA